GUGCAAAGAGUGAGCCUACUCUGUCAUUUAGGAUGACUCACUGGGAUCUGGCAUUAAUUUCUCUUUUUCUGGUAGUGGACGGAGAACAACCAAAAAGCUACACUGGAUCUGAUCAAGGGGAAGAAGGCAAGACUCAUGACAAAAAUCAUAGAGUGAAAUAGCUGGAAGUCCACCCGCUGAGAAAGGCUGGAUGGCAGAGCCACUGUGCAAUGCUGCUGUAAAGAAAUGCAAAGAAACUAUGCCCCAGACACCAAUAUUUUCCAGCAUGCUCGGUUCCAGUUGUAGUGGGCAGGUGCAGCCAGACAUGGGCGAGAGGUGUGGAGAUCCUGUUUACCAGGAUGGGAAUCUCGUCUCUGGAUCACUGGAGGCCCUGAUAGAGCGCCUGGUGCCCACCAUGGACUAUUAUCCAGAUAGGACUUACAUCUUCACUUUCCUAUUGAGCUCCCGAGUCUUCAUCCACCCACACGAGCUCCUGGCAAAAGUGGGGCAGAUCUGCAUUAAGCAGAAGCAGCAGCUUGAGAUUGGGUCUGAGGCAGACAAGGCAAAGCUAAAAUCCUUUGCUACCAAGAUAAUUCAGCUCCUGAAAGAAUGGACAGAAACAUUUCCCUAUGACUUCCAGGAUGAGAAAUCCAUGAAAGAGCUGAAGGAGAUUGCUCACAGGAUCACACAAUGCGAUGAGGAAAAUGGAACCGUGAAGAAGAUCAUCAGCCAGAUGACACAGAAUCUACUGAUGACCCUCUCUGCAAGGAGUCAGUACCAGGAGAUAAAAGAGAAAUUCAGGCAACCUGUUACUGAUAAAGGAACCAUCCUUAAAAACAAGCCACAGUCGACCCAGAAGGACAUACUGAGCAUAUGUUGUGACCCACUGAUCUUGGCGCAGCAGCUAACUCAUAUUGAGCUGGAGAGGGUGAGCAACAUUUACGCAGAGGAUCUGAUGCAGAUUGUCAGUCACAUGGAUUCCCUGGAUAAUCACAAGUGCCGAGGCGAUGUUACCAAAACCUACACCUUGGAGGCCUAUGACAACUGGUUCAACUGCCUCAGCAUGCUGGUGGCUACAGAGAUUUGUAGGGUUGUGAAGAAAAAGCAGCGGACGAGAAUAGUGGAAUUUUUUAUUGAUGUGGCAAGAGAGUGCUUUAACAUCGGAAACUUCAACUCAAUGAUGGCCAUUAUCUCUGGCAUGAACCUGAGUCCUGUCGCACGGCUAAAGAAAACCUGGUCCAAGGUCAAAACAGCUAAAUUUGAUGUUUUAGAGCAUCAUAUGGACCCAUCUAGCAACUUUUGUAAUUACCGGACAGCCCUGCAAGGAGCAGCACAGAGAUCUCAGACUGCCAACAGCAAUCGUGAAAAAAUUGUCAUCCCCGUUUUCAACCUGUUCAUUAAAGAUAUCUACUUUCUACACAAGAUGCACACAAACCGCUUACCCAAUGGACAGAUAAACUUCAAGAAGUUUUGGGAAAUUUCAAGACUAAUUCAUGAUUUCAUAACAUGGAAACAAGUAGAGUGUCCUUUUGAGAAGGACAAGAAGAUCCAGAGUUAUCUACUCACGGCACCUAUUUACAGUGAAGAAGCUCUGUUUAUAGCAUCCUUCGAAAGUGAAGGUCCAGAAAAUCACAUGGAAAAAGACAGCUGGAAGACACUCAGGACAACUCUGCUUAAUAGGGCCUGAGAUUUUUGGAUCUGACCUGCAGAAUCUAAAGCACACAGGAAGAACUUUGUUUUUAAAUAGUGAAUGUCUUGGGUUGAGAUAAACAAGACCUCACUGGCUGAGGUCUGUUUUGUAUAUACAAUACCUUUUAUGAAAUAAAAAUGUGGUAAAUAUUUCACAUGUCAACCUUAAGGCACUUAAAAGUGAAGGAUUUUGGUUAUUUUAAAAACACAAGGGCAGGGCCCUGUUCUCAGAGAUGAAGUGUAUCAUGGGAGAUGGUAUCCAUGGUGAGGUCUUAGUCUAAUGACAUCCAAAUCUUUUUUUUAAUUUUGAUUACUUCCACCUUAAAAAAAACACACACACACCAAAUACAACCAAAACACUGCACAGGUUCAACACCGUUAGAUCCCAAUCCUACAAACACUGACACAUCUCCGUAACUUUAAGCAGGUGAGGAGUUAAAGGGAAGGAAUGAAGAGUCCCAUUCAAAUCUCUGGGACAACUCACAUGCUCAAGUCAAAGGGGUGCAUCAGUGUCUGCAGGACCAGGGCCUUAGACAUCCGCAGUGAGGCUGUUCCUCUCUUACAUCGGAGAAUAGUGCCUUACAAGGUACUGAAAUUGUCCAGUGUACCUUCUGAUUCUGGGCUGGAAGCAAGCAAAAUAAAAAUAUGGAUGUCUUAAAAACCAGCUAUAAUGUACUUUGUAAAUAAACUGGAAGAUAUGGCACAUGAACUAGAGUAUGCCUGCCUACAACAAUGAAGGUGCAGCAAAACAUAUUUUUGUUAUAUGCUUUGAAGAGAAGAAACGGGACAACUGCUAGAUUUUUCUCUCUUUUUUUUUUUUUUUUUAAAGUAUUAACACUUUGAGAACUAUCUUUUGAGUUCUGAAUGCAGAAUAUUUUUCAUUUUCUUUAUCAGGGAUUUAUUUUAAAAAGAAAAGGGUGUCUAAUCUAGAUAAUCUCUACAAAAUGGAUGUCAGUCUCCAAUUAAGAUUUAUUUUGUUUAAUGAACGUACUAUUACCCAUGACUGUCGGUUCUCCUUCCCAACACUUGUUCUCUUAGGGCCUGAGGGUUGGAUAUUUAUCUAGAUAAUGAGAACCUCCAGACAGUUACAUUAGAAAGGAUUGUUUCAAUGCCAUCAAGAGCUCGGAAGGGAUACAAACCCUCAUAUGUCAGGUCAUUAACCAAUCUCUAACGGAGGGGGUUGGGAAGAAGGUUGGCCUAUGAGCAAGUUAGUGCUGUAUGCUCAUGUAGGUGGGCAGGUACCUUCCUCUGAUGUAUCUUGUGCUGACCUCUGUUGGAGACAGAAUGCUGGACUAGCUGGACCACCAGUCAGGUCUGUUAAAGCAAUUUCUCUAUUCCAAUCCUGCAAACACUUCCUACUGAAUGCUUACAACCUUAAGUAGUCCCGUUUGCAUUUACCCACAGUAAGCGAUUGCAGUGUUAAGCCCUUAGUGUUUCCAACGAGAGCUUUUUUUCCCCUAGAUAUUUAUUCUUUUGAAAAGUAAAUAGACCAGGUAGGGAGGGGAGGAUGCGGGGGAAGGAAUUGACUUUUUGCUGUUCCCAUAGCACUGAGAUCAAAGAGCAACAAACAAAAGUUAAAUAGUUGCCAUUAAACAAACAAACAAUCUGAUUAAAGUGGAAGGCGGAAGUACAAAUGCUAGCUGUGAACACCAACAGCCCAGAGAGAGAGUGAGGAUAGCUCUGUUUCUUGUGAUCUGCUGCUAUUUUUCCUGUGCUGAAGUACUGAUUUUCAGCCCUGGGGUAGAGUAAGAAUAUUUAUACUGUAUUAUUACAGUGUUUUGCACUUUCAGAGAAGUUCUAGCUAGUGAUAUAGUCAGACACUAUAAAAAGGGAUUGUAUAUCAGCUUUGUUUAUGUAAUUGAAAUUUAAAAAGGGAUGCUUAAAAUUUAAGAAAAUAUAUAUUUGAAAUGCAAUUUUAGAACACUUUCUGUAUGUGUAUUAAAAGCUUUUACAUGAAUGUGCACUUCACUGGUCUAUCAGUCCUAGUAUAUACUUGAAAUCAGUGCAGUGUCUACAUGGGUUUGUUUUUUUAAUUUUUUUCCUCCUUCAAUUUGAUACAUUCCUUAAAUACUGUGUUCUGCUAUUCUGAACUGCAUUGCUACAUAUAAAGCUGUACCAUAAAGCAGGAUAUUCUGUGUUUGACUGGAUGUGCUUGCAUUAAUAAAAACCAAGUUGCUUCAACCAG